AUGCCCCAUAAACACGUCCGCAGAGGAGAGGUCGACAAGUCUACUGUUGACCUCCCUCCCACCUCCGUCGCGGAGCCCCUCCCAGUCUCGAAGUCCGCCAAGUCGAAUGGCAUUUUUACCACAGAGAUCAAUGCGAAGAGGAACAACAAGAAGAGAAAGAGAAAAGAUGAUAAAGAUGAUACACCCAAAGCCUUCGCACGCCUCAUGGCCUUUGCGCAAGGGAAGAAGCUGCCAAAGGGAUUGGACGACGGUGUGAAGGAGACGAAAGCUGCGAAGAAACGAAGAGUUGCAGCUGCUGCAGAGAAUGAGAAGGAAGAGUCUGCGAAGGUAGAAGAACCUCGAGGAGAGGUGCCCUCGAUUCGCCCAGGGGAGAGGAUGUCAGAUUUCUCAGCCAGAGUGGAUGCAGCACUGCCUGUUAGUGGUUUGAUCAAUAAGUCUACGCGAGGAGGGAAAGAUCCUUUGGGAUUGAAGGUCGGCAGAACGAAGACGGAGAAGCGCAUGCACAGGAUGUACGAUGAGUGGCGGCAAGAGGAAGCACGGCGGCAGGAGAAGAGACAGGAGGCUUUGGAGCUGGCAGAAGAGGAAGAGAUGGAUGAGGAUGGGCAGGUGAAGUGGAAGGUGGAUGUUGAGAAGAAUGGAAAAAAGAAGAAGGGAAAGAAGCGGAAGGUACUUGGAGAAGUAGAGGAUGGAGAUGAUGAUCCAUGGGCGAAAAUCAAGCGGGACAGAGGAGAGGUGAAGGCUGGCUUGAACGAAGUGGUUCUUGCUCCUCCAACAUUUUCGAAGAUACCCAAGGAGAAGUUCAAGAUUCGAGGCGGCGCGAGGGUGGAGAUUGACGAUGUCCCCAAAGCAAGUGGGAGUCUGAGGAGGAGAGAGGAGCUCGGGGAAGUCAGGAAGGGCGUGGUGGAAGGGUACAGGCAGAUGAUGAAAGAGAAAUCGGGUACUUGA